UCGUUUUUAUUCCUCAAAAAAAUUGACAGCGUCAAGAGAAAAACGAAAACCUCACUAUUUCUAUUUUUUGUGUAAGAUAUCGAAUGGAUAAAUCUGUAAUUAAGAUUUAAUUACUCAAAUUCUUAUUAAUUCUUUAGCACGAACAUAUUAUCAUUCUGGAUUCCCAAAAGAGGACAUAUUUAGACAUCUACAAGAUGGAUUUGGCGGAGACGAUGAAGAGUGUACUUGCAAAAAGCACUGGGACGUCGAGCGGCGCGGCGAGUACGUCGAGUUCGGCAACACCGCACGGAGCAGAGGGCUAUGUCACUGAGAAACUGUACAUGCUGCUGCAGCUCUACCUACAGAACAAGGGCUGGAGCCCCAGUAUAGAACUGCUGCAAUGUUUCAGUGACCUCAAAGAGUCAUCCAUGCUUCCCAGUGCUGCAUAUUUGCAAAUGAUGGCAUCCAGAGUAGGUUUAGAUACACAAGGAAGACUGAUUCUGCGCGAGAAUGGGAAGAUAAUAUUGCCAUAUGAACAUUUUGCUAACGCUGUCAUGUUGAAACAUAUGAAUGGACCUCAUGGGCUCCAUCUAGGGUUAGAAGCAACAGUUAGAGCUGUUGUAGAAUCAUACACAAUAGGCAGGGAGCAGUUUGGAAUGGAGAAGGAGUUUAUAAUAGAAGUAGUACAGAACUGCCCCAACCCUGCUUGUCGGUAUUACAAGAACCAGCUGGAGAUGACGCAGAAGUCCAUACAACAGCAUCUUUCUCAACAACCCACAUAUAUUCCAGAUGCGGGUGCCACAAACCUGCCUGACAGCCAGGCAGUGGAGCGUCUGUUACGCAGCACGGCUUUAGCACAAGACUACCAGCUUCCUCUAGCACCACAUCUCGCCGCUCUCAGUGAGUUGUUAUCUAGCCUAACAGGUGAGAAGUCAGAUCGUCGCAGCCAGGACAAGCUGUCGCAACACCAGCAGAUGCUGCUGCAGCAUCAGAACAGGUCGCUGGGCCACCAGUCCUCCAUCGACAAGUACUCGCACUCACAGCAGCGCUCCUCCAGCUCCUCACAAGCCAGUCUCGAGACCAAGUCUAAGCAUCACUAUUCAGAUGAACAUAAACUUACUGACUUUCUAAGGGCAAAUUUGGAGAGUCUGGAGUCUUUGUCUGGUGGUUCCGGGUCUGGCUCGCACGGAGAACGCGGGGGCGCGGGUUCAGGCGCGAGCGGGGGCGGGGGCGCGGGCGGCCAAGAGCGUGUCGUGCGCGCCUUUGCAGAGCUGGCGCGCAACUUGCAACGCAUGCGGCCCUGCGUGCGCCCCGCCAUGUGCAAGCCCUAUGGCAAGCAGAGUGAGCAGCUACAGAAGAUUCUGUUGGACACCAUCCAGUUGGUUCAGUCGCUCCGCAGUUACUUGCCGCCACCACAUAUCCAGGUCACCUCGUGGAAGAAUGAUGAUAAGUUGCGCUCCAACAACAUGGAGGAGAUGGAGAGCCGUAAGAUAGUGAGCGGUAACUAGCCGCCGGCGGACAGCGACGCCGAGGGCUGAGUCCGCCCGCCGCGCUCACUCAACACGGUUUGACACAAGCCACGGCUACCGAGUCACUGAGUAAUUGUCCUCCGUUGCUAACACAUAAUGAAAUUCAUCAUGCAGUACAUUUUCGCAAAUUACCUGUUACAGAUUUGUAGUUACAGUAAAAAGUAAAUAUUUAUGGGGAUGGCAUUAAAUGGGAUUAUUGUUUCUAUUGCUUCAGUCUUGCCAUGCGUUGACUGUAUGAUUUUAGCAUUCACGACUAGCAUACAUAUGUGACAAAUCUAAUAAUCUCGUAUGUGUUUGCACACAGGACAAAUACUCAGGCCACAUAAAGUUAUAUAAGUUCGUAUUUAAUCAAGAUCUGCAUAUAUUCGUAAAGGUAAUUCUCGAUAAAACUUGUCAUUAGUUAGUGAGUAAGAUUGAAAUAGUUUAUCCAUUUAGUUUGGAAUGUUGUACCUUGAGAGUGAAACCGUGUUGGACACUGGGCUGUCGAGCGUCGGUAUUACAUUAGCUGUGCUGUGGACGACACGUCACUCUGCCCGUCUACGCUUACGCUGACUUAUUAAGUAUGGAGUGUGUGUACAUUGUAUAACGUCGCCACUUAUCUUUAGCACAAAAUUGUUUAUAUAUUUAGGACUACCAUGUGUUAGCCGUGUUUAUUGCUUUAUUUGUUGUUUUAUUUUCAGAAGUUUCUUCUUAUAUUUUUCAAAUAUUGUAAUUUCAUAUUAUCUGUUGUACAAGUUCAUACAAUGAUGUAUGGUAUUGCUUUCGUUGUUACUGCACGUAUUUAAUGGUUAAGGUAUUUUAUUUCUUCCGUAAUUUCAAGAUUCGUCCUAGUUAUUUUAAGUUUAAUCUCAGUUAUUAUCGUAAGUGCAUUAUUUACACUGUGAUAGAAGUGUAAUAGGAAUAGAUCUGAGCGAAGUCUUGACAUGAAUGUUACUUAGAAGAUAUGUAGUGAGCGCGUACAGUGCGGCUCGUCAGUCGCUAGUACUAUGCGCGUAUAAUGUAAGGUUUGAUCGCCAUGUCUUGUCUUGUGAGUGAUAGGGAGGAUAGUAUCUUAUUGAAGACUGCAAUUUUUCACGUCUUAGCUGAUGUUGCCUGUGGAUGUAUAAAUUAGGAUCAGUAGGUUAUGAUGAGGCGCCUACUGUACACUGAGAUACUCGUCGUCUCGUACAAAUCGGAUUUUUUAUUGAUAAGGUUUUAAUAGGCGUAAAUUAUUAUUCGUAGGCCGCGUUGUAUCUUACCUAUUAUGUUAUGUGUUUAUGUCUCAGUGUACAGUAGAGUAAAUAGAGAGGUCGAAGGAGCUUAGCUGAAGUUGACUUUGAUCGAACUGUAUCACUGAUGGAGUCACUAUUUACUUCCAUAACAUCAUCAUGUGAAAUAAUGGACUACAUAAGUUUAAUGAUUAGUGCAAUAAUUAGGCAAAGCCUACUUUAAAUUUAAAGUUUUGUAUCUUAGUACUGUAAUUCUAAAUUAUAACAUGAAGUAUCAUGUCCGCAUCACAACGGAGGUGUUUGUGAGGUUGUAUAGCGUAAGUACUUGACACUGACAUGGUCUCGGUUCAUUGGAUUGUUGUACGCAUCACAAUGUAUUUGAUUAUUGUCAAAUAACAUUAAUUGUAAGCAGCUUUUUGUAGGUAAGGGCGUUGUACACUUAUGUUGUAUUUCAUAUUCGUAUUAGCUGUUUAUAUUGAGAACUGUACUCGGCAAACUAGCUACUUUACAUUACAACUGUUGUUCGGUACGUUAUCCAAAUAUUAGACGAGGCUACUACGUUUUCAUCGACAACUAACAAUAACUUAGUAUUAUUAAGUUGACCGUCAAAAUCUUACUCUUGAUAAAAGUAUUAUAAACUUCCAAAAGAAUCUCUCUCUGUAUUAGAAUUAUAAGCUUUCUAGUCAAAAAUGGAUUUCAUAUUGCAUUUUAUUGAUAUAAUUGGAACUGUCUUAAGGUAUUGGAAAUUUACUUUCAUUGUGACUUAUUUGGUUAAAUGUUCGCUCUGUCAUUGCAGCGGGUGAUUGUAUUAUGGCCGUAAUACUUUGAUGAUCUCACAACAAGGACGUUGGACAUAGCUUACACAUACAUCAUGACAUUGCAUACAUUUUGGCUGGUGGGCCGCGACUCGCUGCGGUGACAGAGUCUAUCUGAUUCUUUCAUACUUGUUUUUUCUCCUAGUGAUGGUUCAUUCAUACGUAAUAUCAUAGUUUUUGUAUUGUAUUGUAGACUUUACGGACACAUUAUUAUCAUCUUCAUUCUAAUCUUCAUCGGAAAGCAUUUAUUUGGUAAUAGAUACCAGUAAUUUACAUAACAGCGAAUAACGUUUGGCAUCUGAAUUCUGUGAUAAAUUUUUUAUUCAAUCAAAAUGUAAUUUUGACAUUGUAAUGCAAUACCAAUCGGAAAAUUAGUUACUAUUAUACAUUGUAUACAUAUUAUGUUUCGGAUUUGUUUAGGUUUAUUGUUCAGCUGGUGGUUGCUCGGUAUAGACUGAUUCAACUACACUUGACACGCGGAGGUGUCUACAACUACCCCCUAGUAUUAUUUCACCGAUUACAAGUCAUUUCGGUUAUAGCAGUCAUCAGCUGUAUUUGUGUUAUAUCAAAAUUGGCCUUGCCAUGUAAUUUAUUAUUUGUAUUUGAAGAUUAUUUUAUAAUGUAAAGGUGGUAAUAUAGAAAUGAAAAGCAGUGCUUAGAAAUAAAUAAAUAAUGAUUAAA